AUGGAGUUUUUCUUCACCGUAUUAAUCAUUCUGAGUGUUCUUGCACCUGGAUUGAGCAGCACAACAACUAGUUUCAAUGUUCUGCAAUAUGGAGCAGUUGGAGAUGGAAAAGCCAACGAUUCCCCAGCCUUUCUGAAGGCAUGGAAAGACGUUUGCCAGAGCAAGUCAUAUAUUUCUCAGCUCAUCAUACCAGCAAAAAGGACAUUCAUGCUGAAACCUACUACCUUCAGUGGUCCAUGCAAAUCCAAUUAUACCUACAUUCAGCUUUCAGGGAACAUUGUUGCACCAAAAACAAAAUCAGAAUAUUCUGGAUUCCAUACAAAUACAUGGCUUGGCUUCUCAUUCAUCAAUGGUUUAAUUAUCAAUGGAAAAGGGUCCAUUGAUGGUCGAGGCUCUGACUGGUGGCAACAACCUUGCUUAGGAAAUCCACAACCCGGUACAACCUGCCGUCCACCAUCAGCAGUAACAUUCAAUAGAUGCAAUGACCUUCAACUGAAAGGAUAUACAAGUAUUAAUCCAGCAAGAAGCCACAUGACUCUAACAAGCUGCCAGAAAGGCACCCUCUCUAACCUGCGUCUAGUUGCUCCUGGAACAAGCCCUAAUACCGAUGGCAUUGAUAUUUCUGGCUCAAAGGACAUUCAAGUACUUAAUUCUUUCAUUGGAACAGGUGACGAUUGCAUUGCUAUUAGUGCUGGAUCCUCCAAUAUCAAAAUAACUGGUAUAACCUGUGGUCCGGGUCAUGGUAUCAGCAUUGGAUCAUUGGGAACAAGUGGAGAGACCGACAUUGUAGAGGACGUGCAUGUGAAGAAUUGUACUUUGACCGAAACAUUAACUGGAGUAAGAAUCAAGACAUGGCAGGGUGGGGCUGGAUUUGCUAGGAGGAUCUCGUUUGAAAAUAUUAAGUUUGUUCGAGCCAAUAACCCCAUUAUCAUUGAUCAGUUUUAUUGCCCUCAUGAAUCAGACUGCAAAAACAAGACUCAAGCAAUCAAGGUAAGUGAUAUAACUUACAAAGGAAUUGUUGGGACAUCAUUGACAGACAAAGCAAUCAAUUUGAGCUGUGAUCAAAACGUGGGAUGCUCCAACAUUGUGCUUGAUCAUGUUUACAUAACGUCUGCAGUUCCAGGGCAGAAGGUUUUCUCCUUUUGCCAUAAUGCACAUGGAGUAGCCACCCACAUCAAACCAUCCGUAAAUUGUUUGCUGAAGUAG